UUAUAACUAUCAAGGUCAAGGCUAAACCCAAGCACAUUGUUGAAAGUGGACAACUUCUCAAUUUUAUAUGCAGUCAGUUUGAAGAUGAACUAAAGCAGUUAACUGUGAUCUAUCAGCGCGCAAAUCAACAACAACAACCAAGCUGUGUGGAGUGGCUACUUCAAGAUGUGUUACAGAUGGAGUAGACUUGCUGAGGCAAAAAUGUAUAUACAAGGUUUGGAGAUAUCAGAUGCCGUGGAGUGCCACUGUACACGAGCUCUCAUAAGGGACAGUGAUUUAUACAAGAUGGGCAUCUUUGGGAAACCAGUAAAUGAUGAUGUUGAUUGUACAAAGGCAUACCAGGAACUAAAAGAUGAAACCCCUGAAAACUUUGAUGACAAACAGAGAUUUGCAGAAGUGGAUUCAAAUUGCACAGAUUUGAAUGUUGAUCUUGAAGUUGAAAUGAUGAAGAAGCUUGGCUUGCCAGUAGAGUUUGGUGCUGCUAAGAAAACUAACUCAAAGAAAAGAAGAAAAAAGCCAAGAAACUUAGAAUCUGAAAGGUCUGAAGCUGACCCCCAAGAAGUGUUCACAACAUCUCAUGUGAAGAGCACAGAAAUGUUCAACACAAAUAAUACCUACAGUGACCAGGUAGAGAAGCAGUGGCAGGCCUACUGGGCUCAGUAUGGAGACCAGUUGGUGUGGCUGACCUGGCUGGAGAAAUACCCAGAUUACAUUAACUGUGAUAGCCUCAAUCAGAUGUCUGUCAUGAUGGAAGUAGAGAUAUCUUCAUGUGAACAGACAGACAGUGUAAAUUAUGAGGAUGAGGUAGUGGAAUCUGCAAAGAAUUGUUCUGACUCUCCUUCAUCAGGGUGUGCACCAAAAACAAGUCAACAUCAGUUAGAAGAUGGAAAUAUCAGUGGAUUAGCUUCACAGUCAAACUCUGAUUCUCAUGUGAUUCACUCUGAUGUUAUGGUGCCGGUAUCUACUGGAGAUACACUUUCAGCUACCAGUGAGAUUAUUAAAGCUACUGAUGUGAAUGCCCUGUCACGUGACAAACACUCUGGGUCUGAAAAUAGGGAAGAGGCAGUUUAUCAAAAUAUUUCUAAUUCUCACAUGUCGCUACCAAAAUUGAAUACGGACCACAAUGCUGAAUUUGAUUUGAAAAUAGAAGUCACUAUGAAAAAUGUGACAGAAAAAAUACAGGAUCUGAAUAUGGGAUGUUAUGAGGAAGUGAAUGGAGAUUUGCCAUGCAGUUCCCAAGUACAGGCAAUACAGUUUUUCCAUGACUAUGCAGCACAAUCUGAUACUAAUAAUAACAGUGGUAAUGCAAUAUCAGAUGCUGCUGCAGCAUCAGAUUAUGAUUACCAUAAUUCAGACCAAGACAACACUUACGGAAGUGCACAGUUGAAUGAUGAAGAGGCAUAUGCUGAGGAGUGGAAAUCUCUGUGGGAUGAACAUUAUAUGGGAGUAUAUUGGUAUUAUUUCACAGAGUUUAGUUCUGCCUACAGCAGAGUUGACAGUCAGUCUUCUGAACGAGUUGAAGAGCCAGAACAACUGCCAUGUCUGGGCACUUGUCAACCAAAUGGUCUGACACAUGGUGUUGAUCUGGUUGCUGAUUGUGUGGAAAAUGUUAACCAGAGUCUGUCAGAGAGUAUUAACAAUUCUGAUGAUAGAGUUGAUGAUGCUGAUGAUGAAGAUGCGCCACAGGAUGGUGGGAGUAAAAGAAAUAGACCAAAGAGAGCUGGGCAAAGGCAAAAACAGGAGGGCAGCACUGCAACUCAUAUUCAGCCUGCACAUAAGCACAACAGUGGUAGUCUUUCAAUCAGUGGAGAAGAUGGAGAUGAUGAACCGCCAGAGGAAAGGCCAUCAAAGACUAUAAAUGGCCAUGAAGCUGACAUAUAUGAUGAGGAAAAAGCUGAUGAAGAUGAUGAUGAUGAUGAUGAUGACCAAAUAGAUGAAGAAAAUUGUACAGAUGAUUCUGAAAUUGCAGAGAAAAAAAGGAAAAGAAUGACAAGUGCUUUUGAACUUAUGGGUUAUAAAUUAACUCCAAAUGAGAACAGGCUGGGCUCACAAUCCAAGAUUCAAGGAGCUCAUGUCACAUUCAAAGAAAAGAAACUAAAACAGGUUAACAAGGAACUCAACUUGGGCAAAAAACCUGUCCACAUAAAAUUUGACGAAGAUGGUUCUAUAUUGAAAGAGAGCAAAACUUUGACUCAAGUUAAACAUUUUCUUGCUAAAAUGGAGGGGGACCCAACAGAACCACAGGUUGAGGAUGGAGAGCAACCACAAACACAAAGUGGUACCACUGAUUACAUAUCAGACACUGGUCAUGUUUUUCUUCCACAAGAUGGAGCAGACAGAGUUGCAAUAGUGGAUAAUGAGAACCAAGGAGACGAAGAUGAAGAGAAAUCUGAUUCUUCAUUAUCGUCUUCUUCGGAUACAGAGAAGUUUGACAGACUUGAAAGUAGUGGGCAAGUAGGUGUAGUUGUGAAAGAUAGCAAAAGGCAAAGAAAGAAACUACAUAAAAGAAAAUUUACUCCAAUGCCAGACUCUAUUGCUAAGGACCCAGAGUUGAGGAAAUACUGGGCACAAAGAUAUAGGCUUUUCUCUAGAUUUGAUGAUGGAGUGAUGUUAGACAGAGAGGGUUGGUUUUCUGUUACUCCUGAAAAGAUUGCUGAGCAUAUUGCUGAGAGAUGUCGGUGUGACCUGAUAGUUGAUGCUUUCUGUGGAGUUGGUGGAAAUGCCAUUCAGUUUGCUUUGACUUGUGAAAGAGUGAUAGCAAUUGACAUAGACCCAGUGAAGCUAGAGUGUGCCAGACACAAUGCGGAGGUGUAUGGUGUGGCUGACAGGAUUGAGUUUAUCCAGGGUGAUUACAUGGAAGUGGCCACAGAGCUAAAGGCAGAUGUGGUCUUCCUGAGUCCGCCCUGGGGAGGACCAGACUACCUCAAUGCAGAGGUCUUUGACCUCCACACUAUGAUCCAGAUUGAUGGAUUUGCCAUAUUUGAGAAAGCAAAGAAAAUAUCAAACAACAUUGCUUAUUUUGCACCCAGGAAUGUAAAUGUGGAACAGUUGAUCUCCCUUGCUGGUCCAGGUGGUAAGGUGGAAAUAGAGCAGAAUUUCCUGAACAAAAAGCUUAAAACGGUGACAGCUUAUUAUGGAGAUCUCAUAGAUGCCAACACCAGUGAUUAAUGUAGAUUUAGUUUUAUACUUCAGACUGUUUAAUUUUUAAUGUGUACACAGUGCACUUUUUGAACAAAUGGCAAUCAUUUUAUACCUGCUAGUUUUUAGUAUAAUGUACAGAUAGCGAUGUCUGUGCGUGCAGCAAUCACUUCCAUCUGUCCAUAUUGCUGUAAUUUGCACCAAAAAUUAUACAAUUCACUAGGUAAUGUUAUCUGAUGAUUCAUGCAUUUAUCUAUUUGGUGAAGUUGCUUGAUUGGAUUUUUGAAAAAAGUUUUGCAUAUUUUUCUUUUUGGUUUUAUUUUUUUUAUUAUUAUUAUUUUUUUUGGCAUGUUAGUUUUUGUUACCAGCAGGGUUGGAAACUCCUCUUAACAUUCAACCAGACAGCAGGACAGGUUACUCUUGAAAGUUACCCGUCCUACCAUAAACCAGCCUGUCCUCAUAAAAUCGACAGAACUAUGAUAAUAGAAUGCAUGUAUGACUAAAUUUAAUAAUUCAAGACAUUUUUGAAUGUUGUUUUCUUUCAAACUUCAUAAAUAAAAGUCAUAAUACCA